AUAGUACUGGAGACUUUUCUUCUCAAUUCAGCCGGAGAAGUUGUUCUGCAGACAGGACUGGACUAUGAGGAAGGGCCAGUUAGCUACAAGUUUGAGUUAGUGUGUUCGGAUGGGGACAAUGAAGCAGUUGCAGAGGUCCUGGUGGUUGUUCUACCAGUCAACGAUAAUCCUCCGAGGUUCCUGGAGGAUCGCUACAAAUUCACCGUCGAUCGUAGCUCGCCAUCUGGUCACACUGUGGGCAGAGUGGAAGCAGAAGAUGAGGAUAUUGACGCUGGAAGCAACAUAACUUACGUAAUCGACGACUCCUCGUAUUUCACGGUUGAUUCGCUCACCGGUGACAUCAGAAUCAGGGAUUACAUCCCAUCCUCAGCAGGUUCUCAUUUUCAGCUUCAGGUCUUGGCAAGCGACGAGGAUUUCUCUGCCAAUGCAUCAGUGACUGUGUCAGUCAAUGGGGCUCUGUCAAGACCUGAGUUUGCCGGCAUUGUGGCUGGUGUUCUGAUCUUUAUUUUACUGGUGGUCACCAUCCUUUCCCUAGUCGGAGUUUGUGGCUGCUGCUACAUCAGAACUACCAGACGAAGUGCCUAUGCAGUGGACAGAGCCACAUUAAGUGCCGACACAACACCCUCCCAGAAAGUGGUACGAUUUGCAGACGAGGAGUUCAGUCAGUACUUUCCUUCACCGUCACGUCCACUGGUGCUGACAAACCAAUCGACUGGACCCCAGUCUCUACCAGGAGGAGACCUCUAUUCCUCACAGACCCCUUACUCCCACCACCAAGGGACCGAGGAUCGGGGGGUGGGGACAACAACAGUCUCCCCACCAGCCAACGAACAGGAAGAAACAUCAUUUGUCGCUUAACAAACUGCGCAUGAUAUAAUUAUAAUAUUCCACGUUUCGUGUUUGUUUCUGACGAAUCGUGACAUUUUAAACUACAGAAUUUGAACAAUCUU